ACGUCACUUUUCUGUACUUUUGCUAAUUAUUCUGAAAACUCUAUAAGAAUUCGCGCAAAAGUCUUCUCAUUAGUUUCUUAAGGGAUUGAGUAAUAGUCAAUAAUUAAAAUGAGCCGGCAAUCCAACGAAGUGGAUGAGUUAUUCGAUGUGAAAAAUUCCUUCUACAUCGGCAACUAUCAACACUGCAUCAACGAGGCCAACAAGAUAAACAAACCAUCAUUGGAAAAGGACGUGUUCCUUUACCGGGCAUACAUUGCUCAGCACAAGUACCGGGUGGUGUUGGACGAAAUAAAGCCGAAUAAUGAAACCCCACUGCUGGCGCUGCGCCACUUGGCAGAAUAUCUGUCGAAUAAAUCCCGCAAGGAAGCAAUUGUGGAUCUCUUCGAUGAGAAAUUCAAAGGCGACAUUAAUGCGCUGGAUGUGAUUUGGAUCAUCGUCGGUGCCACCAUUUACUGCAACGAGGGAACUUAUGAAUCUGCCCUGAGAAUCUUGCACGGAAACUUCAAUCUGGAAUGCCUGUCCUUGCAGCUUCAAUGUCUACUCAACAUGUCCCGCGUGGAUCUGGCCAAGCAGGUAUUGCAGACCAUGCAGGAAAAGGAUGACGAUGCCACUCUGACGCAACUUUCGCAGGCUUGGUUGAACAUUCAGCUUGGGGGAGAAAAGCUCCAGGAUGCAUUCUUCAUUUUUCAAGAUUUCUGCGAUAAGUUUUCGCCCUCGUUGCUGCUAAUGAACGGGCAAGCCGUGUGCUACAUUGGUCAGCAGAAGUAUGAAGAUGCUGAAAAUGUCCUGAGGGAAUGCUUGAAUCGGGACCCGAACAAUUACGAUGCAUUGAUCAACCUGCUGGCAUUGUCUCAGCAGAAAGAGAAAACCAACAGCCAGUUCAAUCGGUAUCUCUCCCAGGUUCUUGACGAGCAUAAGGAUAGCGCACUGGUAGCGACGUACAACAAGAAGCAGUCCGAAUUCGAUCGAUUGAUGAUGCAAUAUGGAGCGUCAAAUAAUACAGCAGUGGAGGAUAUUGCUGCUUAGAUGAUGUCGCUUGCAAAUGGCAUUUGUCUGAUGUAUUCUUUUUAAUUUUAAGGUACCGAUGGAAAAUAAAUG